AUGGCCAACGACCACUCGCCGUCGCCGUCGCUCCCGGCGACGAGUCGCUUCACGACGUUCUGCACGUACUACGCCUGCGCGCUCGCGUGGCGGCUCGACCCCACACGCCCGGGCCUCAACCACCUCACGCUCGCCUUCGAGCCCGGCCGCGCCAUCGUGCACCGCCGCACGCGCAAAAUCGUUCAUUUUCCGAUGGAGGGGUUGACGCAGCCCCCGGUGUCGCCGGAGCGCGACGGCGGCGAGGGCUUCGUGCUCACGCAGCCGCCGUGCGUCGACGAGGCUGGGGCGGACGCGCCGCCGCGCAUCGCCUUCGUGCUGCGGCCGACGGCGGCGGCCGCGGCGGCGUCGACGGAGCCGGUGGAGCUGGUGGCCGAGUCGACGGUCGUCGUCGGCCGCGAGCCGCCGGCGGACAUCCUUCUCGUCGACAUGGAGCGGACGGCGACGACGACGCUGCGCCCGUUCGUGUCGGCGAGCCACGCGACGCUGCGCGUGGCGCUGGAGGACGGGAUGGACGUGGCGUACGUGGCGACGCACACCAUGUCCGACGGCAAGACCGCCGCCGGGCUCUGGCUCGGCGGCGAGCGCCUCGCCGCGGGCCAGGAGCGCCGCAUCGCCGUCGGGGCGACGCUGCGCUUCGGGACGCUCAAGGACGAGGCGUCCAUGCCCUACGACAAGUUCAACUACACGCUCACGAGGCUCAACAUCGACAUGGCGCCGCUGCGGACCGGCCGCGGGCGGACGGACGAGACGACGACGACGACGAAGCUGACGAGGAACCAGAAGAAGAGUAAGCGACGGAAGCAGGACAAGGACGACCUACAGGACGAGCUCGACCGCGUGAAGGCCGAGAACGCGCGGCUCAAAGACGCCGCGCGGCUCGGCACCAAGCACCGGAAGCACGACGCACGACGGAAGCGACGACGACGACGACGCGACGACGACGACGACGACAACGACGACGAGGACGACACGCCGAUCUGCCGGGAUUUCAACAAUGGAGGCUGCAGUUGGCCCGCGUGUAGCGAACUAAAAACCCAAAACACCGACAAGCUCUGCACGGGCAAGCUCUCCGCCGAGGACGAAGUCAACAUGGUCGCGGUCGAGGAGACGGACGAGGAGGCGAUGACGACGACGGCUACGACGAUGACGACGAAGACGACGGACGAGAACGAGGACGACCCCGUGAUGUGCAGCGAACUAAAAACCCAAAACACGGACAAGCUCUGCACGGGCAAGCUCUCCGCCGAGGACAAAGUCAACAUGGUCGCGGUCGAGGAGACGGACGAGGGCGGCCACCUGGACAGCGGCAACUGCGGCGAGGGCGGCGAGGCGUACGCGACGGCGACGGCGGCGACGGCGACGACGGUGGAUGACUGCAGCGCCGACGGCGGUGUGGGCGCGGCCCUGGCCUACGGCGACGACAGCGGCCACUUGGACAGCGGCAACUGCGACGACGACGGCGGCGAGGCGAACGCGACGGCGAGCGGCAGCUUCGCCUACUACCGCGACGAGGUGAACCUGGUGAUUGAUUGUUCCGGCAAGGUGAACCCGACGGCGUCCUGGUCCUUCGAGAUGCGCUACGCCCUGGCCGACGCGGUCGCGGGGUUGCCCGAGUGCGUUGGAAGCACCAUGGAGGUCGUGCACAUCAUCUACGGGUCGUCGCGCGUGCUCAGCAAAGGCAAACACACGGUCGACUUCGCUAUGCUCAGUGACGGCGUCUGCGCGCAGCUCCAGGCCUUCGUCAACUUGAAGAGCAACUUGAAUUGGCGCGGCGCCCUCGGCGCCUACGUGCAGAAGCUCGGCGAGUACGACUGUUUGAGCGACGACGACGAGAAGGAGCCGGCCCUGCGCGCCGAGCUCCUAUCGACGGUGCUCAAGUCGGGCACGGUGUCGAGCCGGGGCGCCUGGGGCGACAAGGAUUGGUCCCAGCCCCAGUGGCUCGUCCUCGCGCCGAGCCGAUGCGACGGCGAGGGCGGCGUCGCCGCGGACCCGUUCCUCGCGGCGCUCCGCGACUUCCCCGGCGACGACGGCUCGUCGUUCGACGAGCUCGAGGUCUGGCGCGUGAGCCUCGCGUCCCUCGGCGCGACCCACCGGUCCGAGAGCGAGCCGCGCGUCCUCGGGCUCGAGUGCGCCGACGGCGCGCGCGUCUUCGUCGAGUGCCUCGACGGCGACCGCGACGACUGGCACGACGCGGUGCAAGGCGUCGCGGCCGUCUGCAAGGCGCUCCGCGACGAGGACCAGCUCGAGACCAUCGAGGAGGCGUCCGACGAGGAGUCCGACGAGGGGUCCCGGCGCGCCGCCGACGUGGAAAAGUCGCCCGACGACGACGCGCGGCGGCGCCGCGCGGCGGAGAAGUCCGCGCGCUGGGCCGUCUCCGCGCGCUCGCCCAUCCGCGACGACCCGGAGGCGCUCGAGGACAUCUACGCGGAGGCGUCGGCGUCCGGCGUCGGCGUCGACGACCUGGCGGCCCUCGUCCACGCGCUCCACGACGCGCGGCGGUCGCGCCGCGACGACGAUUCGUUGGACGACGUGAGCACGCAGGGCACCGUCGACGCGGGCGCCAUCGAGGGCGAGCUCGAGGUCGCGGAGCUCCGGGAGCGCACGCGACGCGCCGCGGCGGCCGCGGACGCGACGACGACGGCGUGCGAGCUCGACGACCUCUUGGCGGACGGCCGGUCGUGCGGCCUGGAGACGGAGCUCGCGAACAAGCUCGAGGGCCUCCGCGCGAACAAGGACCCCGCGUUCGUCGCGGCGCGGCUCGAGACGGCGACGGCGGCGCCGCUGCUCUGCCAGUCCGCGGCGGCGCUUUUGGAUCUGGCGGAGGCCGCGGACGCGGUGCUCUCGCCGGAGCUCGCGCGCGACGCGUGGGUCCACCGGAACCGCCACGCGCGCGCGCUCCGCGCGUUCGACGCGCUCCGGGCCGCCGCCCCGGGCGACGACCGCGAGGCCAUCUUCCAGGCCAUCGCGGCCCUCGCCGUCGAGGCGCCGCGGCUGACGGAGGCGGAGGAGACGAUCGUCAUGACCGCGCGGGCGAAGGUCCUCGCGCUCGACCGCCGCGACGCCGUGGCGCGCGACGCCGCGGCCAAGGUCGAGGCGUUACGGACCGUCCUGCUCCGCGGCGCCGCCUGGGGCCUCGAAGCCCGGGAGCUGGCCGUCAUCGACGACCGGCGGCGAACGAUCCUCGCGGCGGGCGUCGCCGUCGCCGAGGGCAUCGUCGCGCGCGUCCUCGCGGACGCGAACGCGUCGCGCGCGUCCAGCGCCGCGGCGCUCGAGGCCGCGCGGCCGCUCCUCGGCGCCGCGGACGUCGCGGAGCUCGAGGCGCGCGUCGUCCUGGAGACGAAGCGCGAGGCCGCGCGCGCGCGCGUCCGCGGCGACGACGGCGGCGGCGACGACUCGGCGACGGGCCUGCUCCUCCGCGCUCAGCGCUGGACGGACGCGCUCGCCGAGUGCGAGGCCGCCGAGUUGCCGCCCGACGAGCUCCGCGCCGUCGCGCGGAAGCGCGACGCCUACGCGGCGGGCGCCGCGGCGCUCGACGCGCUCGCCGCCGCGCUCCGCGCGGAGGACCUCGCCGCCCUCGAGGCCGCGGUCGCCGCCGCGGACGCGUCCGCGCCGGACCACUCGCUCGCGCUCGUGGCCAAGCGCAAGAUCGCGGCGUUGCGCGCCCGGGGCCUCGCCCUGACCAAGGUCGCCGCCGCGUUGAAGGGCGACGACGCCGACGCGCUGCGCGGCGCCGUCGCCGCGGCCGAGGCCCGGUACCCCGGCCACCCGCUAUUGGCCGCCGCGGAGCGCAAGGCCGCGCUCGACGCCCUCGACGACGCCGUCGACCGCGACGACCUCGACGCCAUCGAGGCCUGCGUCGACGCGAUGCCGUCGAGCCCCGCGGCGGACCGCGGGCUCCGGAGGGCCGAGGCGCUCCGGGCCGAGCGGCUCGCGCGCGACGAGGCGGCGGACCUCGAGGACGCGCGCCGGGCCGCGCUCGACGCGGAGCGCGACGCCGCGCGCGUCGCGGCCGUCGCCGACGCGGGCCUCGCCGCGGCGCAGCGCGUCGGCUCGCCCGCGACGCUCGCCCGGGCCGUCGAGGCCCUCGGCCGCGACGCGUCGCCGGACAAGACGCGGCUCGCCGCGCACGUCCUGUCCACGCGGACGCGCGUCGCCGACGCGCUCGCGGCGGCGUCGGCGCCCGGCGAACUGGUCCGCGCGUGCCUCCGCGCGGAGCGGACGGGCCACCCGCGCGACGAGCGGGCCUACGCGGCCGCGCGGCGCGCGCUGCGGUCGGCCGUGCUCGCGAGCGGCGCGCUCUACGUGACGCGGUCGUCCCUGGGCCUGGACCCCGACGACCGCGACGACGAGCGGCGCCACGUCGCCCUCGUCGCGGGCAGCUUCGACGGCGCCACGGGCGCGUACCUCGGCCCCGCGCUCCUCUGCUCGCGCGACGGCGGCGACGGCGACGGCCCCGGCGACGGCGGCGAGUACCUGCUCGACGGCGCGGCGCUCGACGUCUACGCGCGCGAGGACCGCUGCUGCUUCGACGUGCGCGUCGACGGCGUGCCGCCGCUGGAGCUCGCGGCGGCCGGCGCCGCGGAGCGCGACGCGUGGGCGGACGCCGUGCGCGGCGCGCUCGCGGCGCACCACGGCGCGCUCGCCGAGUACGACGACCUCGACGCCGAGGCCUCCGAGGCGCGCCAGCGCCUCCUCCGGGCGGCGCGCUGCGGCGGCCCGGGCGACGCCGCGGCGGCGCCGGGCUUCCACGCGUCCCGCGCGCGCGCGCACGCGGCCAAGCCCGGGCUCGCGGCGCUCCGCGACCGGGUCCGCGCGCGGGCCGGGGACGCGGCCGACGCCGAGACGUUGGACGCGCUGCGCUCCGAGGCCGCGGUGCUCGGCCUCGGGGGCACGGCGGACGCGCUGAGCGCGCGCCUGGACGUCGAGGCGCUGCUCGACGCGGACGUCGCGGGCGCGGACGACCUCGACGGCCUCGUCCUCGCCAUCGACCGCGCGCGCUUCGGCGGCGUGGGGCUGGACUCGCCCGCCUACACGCGCGCCGUGGCCAAGGGCGAGCGGCUCCUGGCCAUGCAGCAGGCGCGCGACGAGCUCGCGCUCCUCCGCGCGUGCGAGGACGUCGCGGCGCUCGUCGAGGCCGCGGCGCGCGCGCGCGCCGCGGGGCUCCCGGACGAGGAGCUCGCGGCCAUCUCGGCGAAGAUCGACGCGCUCUGCGAGGCGCAGGAGCGGGCCUUCGGGACGCCGAAAUCCGGCGACCGCGCGGUCCCCGUCCGGCCGACGAAGUCGACGGCGAAGAAGCGCGCGGCCGCGCGCGCGGCCGUCGCGGCCGCCGUCGCCGAGGCCGGGUCCUUCACGCUCGUCGCCGACGCGCUCGUCGCGACCUACAAGAGCGACGCGGCCGCCUGGCCGCCGAGGGCGCUCGUCGACGCCGUGUCCGCGGCGCCGCCGCUCAUCCGCGGGCCGCUGGCCGUGCGCCUCGAGGUCCACGGCGAGUGGACCGCGUGCGACGACGCGAAGCUGUACGGCGUCACGUUCCAGGGCGACGCGCUCGCCGGGCCCAUGCUCCGCGUCCGCGGCGAGUUCCUCCCGCUCCGCGACUGCCGCGUCGACGAGGCGCCGCCCGGCGCGGACCACGCGUUCGCCGUCGUCCACGCGAAGACGCCGCGCCUGCUCGUGCGCGCGGACGACGGCCGGCGCUGGGUCGGCGCCGUGCGCCGCGCGCUCGCCGCGCACGUCGACCUCCUCGCGCAGCUCCGCGCGGUGUCCCUCAAGCGGCGCACCGUGGACCGCGCGGAGGCCCGGGGCGUGGCCCGGGACCUCUUCGCGACGCGGGGGGCGGAGGCCAUGGCUAUCGGGGUUUCAGUGAAAUGA